GUAAUGUACAGUCCGGCCUGAUAGCAUCAGUUGGGAACAUGAUUUUUGGUACUAAUUUUGAGGAACGUGAACGCAUUCUGUCGCAGCACAUACGGUCAGGUUUAGAAAAAAACAUGGAACCGCCGACACACGAGCAAAACUCUUACGAAUCUAGUCCAUCGAGGUCGAUAAGCCCAGAACAAUAUUUUCAAGAACAUUAUUGUUUGCCGGAAAAUCACCAUUUGGUCUUAUCGCGAUUGUUGGGCGCACGUGCAGCGUUAUUGCUGCCUAAACCCAAACCCAAGAAGCAGUACAUCUGCAAGUUCUGCAGCAGGCAGUUCACCAAGUCUUACAACCUCCUCAUCCACGAGAGGACGCACACGGACGAACGGCCGUACUCCUGCGACAUCUGUGGAAAAGCUUUCAGGAGGCAGGAUCAUCUUAGAGAUCAUAGGUAUAUCCACAGCAAGGAAAAGCCAUUCAAAUGCGUGAAAUGCGGUAAAGGUUUCUGCCAGCCGAGAACUCUAGCGGUACACAAGAUCAUGCACAUGGAGGAAGAACCUCAUCAGUGCCCGGUCUGCAACAGACUCUUCAUGUUGAGAUCAGAACUGGCAAAGCACAUUGUAACCCACCAACAGCAGCCCAAGAGAGGAUUCACGAUCGAUGAGAUACUUAGUUAAAUCGAAGAAUAGUAAAGUCCAUCCAUACUAUAUAUAUUGUACAUAUAUAGUAUACGUGUAUAUAUAAUGUAU